AUGAAGGAUCCCGCGACGCAAAAGAAGGUCGACACCGACGCGCCGGCGUACGGCGCGGAGGACAUCUCCAUCAGCUCCGGCAUGGACAUCUUGGAAAACGAGGGCGAGGAUCCCGUGCUCGCCAAGAAGAUGCACCUCGUCAAUGACGCUAACGACGAGAUCGGCUGGACUCCCUUUCACUGGAAGCUCUUCAUGCUCAACGGCUUCGGCUACGCUGUCGACUCGCUUAUCGCGCUUGUUCAAUCCGUUACGAACGCGGCGGUGUACCUCGAGCUGGCGUCGCCGUCGGACUACGUCAAUGCCGGUACUGUGUCGUUGUAUGUCGGUCUUUUGAUUGGAGCGAUUUUCUGGGGAUUCGGGGCCGACAUCAUUGGCAGAAGGAUUGCCUUCAACGUUACGCUUCUAAUCACUUCUCUGGCGACAAUCAUCUCCGGCGCAAGCCCUAACCUGGUUUUCUGGGCCGCAUUCGUUGCCAUUUCGGCAUUUGGCGCGGGUGGAAACUUGGUCCUUGACCCGACGGUGUUUCUCGAGUUUCUCCCUAGCAACAAGCAAUGGACUGUGACGGCUCUCGCUCUUUGGUGGGGAUUGGGCCAGGCCAUCGUUGGCUUCAUCAGUUGGGGAUUCUUGACUCAGGAGCGAUGGAACUGCGUUGAAGGUCAGCCAUGUAACUGGUCAACUAACGCCGGCUGGAGAUACGUUUCCUUCACCUCGGGCGCUUUUGUCUUUGUGGCCUCGAUUCUGCGCGUCACCAUCAUGCGCCUGCAAGAAACACCGAAGUACCUUCUCAGCGUCGGUCGCGACGAGGAUCUGGUCCGCAACUACCAGAAACUGGCGCAAAAGUACAACAGGCCGUGUUCGCUCACUCUUGAGAAGCUUGAGGCGUGCGGGCAAAUCAAGUCUGCCGGGCAGAAGCGUAACAGUUUCAAGUUCGUCAUUCGUGAGUUGGGUGCCCACGUUAAGGGCCUCUUCGUCACCAAGAAGAUGAGCCGUAGCACUUCCAUGGUCUGGAUGUCAUGGACGCUGAUCGGUCUGGCGUACCCACUGUUCUAUGUUUUCCUCCCAUCUUAUCUUUCCACUCGAGUCCCUGACGCUGAGGAGACGCCUUAUGAAACUUGGCGCAACUUCACUUUGACAAAUAUUUCGGGCGUUCCUGGACCGAUCCUGGCUGGUAUUCUUGCCAACAUCCCGAAGGUCGGUCGCAAGUAUACCAUGGUCAUCGGAGCCAUAAUCUCCAUGGCGCUGUUCUUCGGGUACACGGCCGUGAGCACUCCAGCGCAGAAUGUAGGCAUCAGCUGUGCAAUUGCAUUUGGUAUCAAUAUCUACUAUGGCACCCUCUACGCAUACACUGUCGAAGUAUUCCCUUCCGCUCACCGUGCGACUGGCAACGGCAUUGCUGUAGCCUUCAACCGUUUGAUGGGCAUUGUCUCCGCCUUCGUCGCUUCAUCGGGAAACACCGCCAGUGCCGUGCCUUUGUACGUCUGCGCGGCGCUCUUUGGACUGAUGGCAGUGGUUUCAGCUCUGUUCCCAUUCGAGCCAUAUGGCCGCCGAAGUUCAUGA